UUGAUACACAUCCAAUCAGUGGCGAGUAUACCGCCGGGCAUGCCUGGGCUGCCCUUCUUAUAUUUUUUAUUUAUUUGUUUUUUUUUUAAAUGAAAACAAAAACAGAAAAAGGAAGAGUUAGAAUUUGCUUUCUCUUUCUCGAUCCCUCUCUCUCAAAAUCGCUGUUCCUCUCUCACCCACCGCCACCGGCCGCCGCUCUCAAUCCCUCUCUCACUGCUCUCAAUCUCUCUCCCUCACCUCGCCGUAACGCCGUUCAAUCUUCCGCCGCAGCCGCACCACUGCUCAGCUCACCGCGCCGCACCGCACUCACUCUUUCUCUUCGUCUCGUUUCAGAAACAACUUUGUCUUUUAAAUAUUAUUGUAUCUAGAAAUUUGGUUGAUAAAAUUCCCUCCAAAAUUUUGCCCAGGCUCUCUAAUAUUACUGGAAUCGCCACUGCAUCCAAUCUUAUAGCAAUUUCAUUUCCCAUUCAAUUGACUAAAAGCAUCAGCAGCAUGACGAUCCAUUCUGUAGUGAUACAGAAACUGCUUAGCACCAAUGCCCACAUUGGCCGUCAAGUCGCCACUCAUCAUUUCAAAGAAUACACUUACGGCCUCCGCAACAAAAUGGCCAUUAUCGAUUCCGAUAAGACCUUGAUUUGCAUGCGUAGUGCCUUCAAUUUCAUCUCUUGCCUUGCCCGCCAAAACGGACGCUUCAUGUUCAUCAACACCAACCCUCUCUUCGAUGAAAUCUUUGACCUUAUGACCAAAAAAGUCGGCUGCUACAGCCCUUCUUCCAGUUCUCUCUGGCGCACCGGCGGAUUCCUCACCAACAGCAACAGUCCCAAAAAGUUUCGCUCUCGCAACAAGAAGCUCUGCUUCGGUCCCACUCAGCCUCCCGAUUGCAUUGUCAUUGUCGACACUGAGAGCAAGUCUUCUGUCAUUGACGAGGCUUUCAAACUUCAGAUUCCAAUUGUAGCUCUCGUCGAUUCUGCCAUGCCACUCCAUACUUUUAGCCGCAUUGCUUAUCCAAUUCCUGUUAACCCGUCUGUUCAAUUUGUCUAUCUCUUCUGUAAUUUGAUUACCAAAACACUGCUUCUUGAGAAGAAGAACUUGCAGCUCUCUAAUCCCAAAAUUGAUGAUCGAGAAGAAGCUACCAAAAUUGAAGAUAACAAGCGGAAGAAUAAUCUGGCUAAGGUUGGCAUCACUGUUAUGCCCUACGAUAAAUUGGCACCCUUGCCCGAAGAUAUAGAAGAUACGAAGAAACUUUUGGACAAGCUUGUUAUUUUGAAGGUCAAUCACGACUCCGGAAGAAAUAUGGAUUUUGAAAACCCUAAAUCCACAAUAGAUAUUUGUGAUGGACAGACAUUUCUAGACAUGAUUGUUAACCAGAUUGAGACCCUCAACUCCAAGUAUGGAUGCCAAGUUCCAUUGCUUAUUUUUGACAAAGAUGACACUCACGAUAGUACUUUAAAGGUUUUGGAAAAGUAUUCGGAAUCAAGCGUUGAUGUGCGCACUUUUAAGCAGGGUGAAGAUCCAGAGCUAACAUUUGGUGGGCAUCGCAGCAAGGAGGAAGUGCAUACAUUUGACGACGGUGAUAUAUUCCGUUCACUAAUGAUAGGCGGAACCCUUGAUUUAUUAUUAUCACAGGGAAAGGAGUAUAUCCUUGUGAUGAAGUCAGACAAUGUGGCUACAAUCGUUGAUCCAAAUAUAAUAAAUCAUUUGAUGAUAAAUGCUAUUGAUUAUUGCAUGGAGGUGACACCAAGCCAUUCAUCUAAUUUGAUCUUAACUCCAAUGAAUUUUAAGCUUCAGGAGAUUGCUCGAAACCAAGAUAAACAUUUGAAAGACAAAUUCAAACUCAUUGAUACAACAAACAUGUGGGUGAGUUUAAGAGCCAUUAAGAGACUAAUUGAUACUAAUAGACUAAAGCCCAAGAAGCCCUCAAUUUCGAAGGAGAAUGACUAUGAUCAAACUCUUCUGCAAGAAACCAAUGCUGGACCGGGAGUACAGUUCUUUGAUAAUGUAAUCGGUGUCUCAACGCCUGAAUCUCGUUUUCUUCCCUUUGACGCAACAUCGGAUUUACUUCUUCUACAGUCAGAUCUAUAUACUUGUAGGGCAGGUGUUUUAUCUCGUAAUCCUGCUAGAUCCAACCCUUUAAAUCCUGUGAUUGACAUGGGACCAGAAUUUGAAAAGAUUGGUGAUUUCCAAAGUCGGUUCAAAUCCAUUCCUAGUAUCAUCGGGUUGGAUAGUUUGACGGUGAGAGGUGAUGUGUGGUUUGGAGCUAAUAUUACUUUAAAGGGACACGUGACUAUUGCUGCAAAAGCUGGCUUGAAAUUGGAAAUUCCAGAUGGGGUUGUAAUUGAGAAUAAGGAGAUUAAUGACCCUGCAGAUAUCCAAAAAUGAAUGGUUCAUGGAAGUUGAUGAUAUUUGUUUGUAGCAAAUAUGUGAAUUGCUGGAGUUUUGCUUUGAUGUGCAAUACAAUUUAUCUUUGGCACAUUAGCAGCCUGCCAUCAAUUAGCUUUUCUAUUUACUCAUAUUCAAAAGGUUGCAGAAGCAAAUAAUUUCUGACACAUUCUUUUUUCAAGUGUCAUGGUGGUAAUGAAAUAAUUGAGUCUACUCAUUUAUUUAAAAUUGUAGCUUUAUAUUUUGGGAAAUUCUGUUCCCUCUUGCAUUGCUCAAAAUCAACAAAGACUCUUACACAAGAAGUUGGAUUCCGGUGACCUGCGUGUCCUUAUAUUUUAGAGCAAGGCUUGAUGAGAUAAAGAAUAGAAAAGCAUUACUUUUGCCCUGAUACUACAGAAUCACACCAAUUGUUUAUUGUACCAAGGAGCCGGAGCAGGCAUUCUUUAAAGGUUAAUUGAAUUCGUGCAUAUUUGUCAUUA